ACGCCACAACACUCCGCGUCGCCGGUUUUGACUAACAGCUCGUCGCACGACCACACGCCGGAUCACCAUAGCUCGAUGAUCGAGUUGAAACGCUUCUUUAGGCCAUCCAAGAAGACGGCGAACGGCGCCCACAGCCCCAACGGCCCUAGUCGCCUGUCCAGCUCUCAGUCCAUCCAUCUCCUGCCGCUCCACGGACUCGUAGACACCGGCCAUCCUCCCCAUGUGGUCGACUCGAUGGCGGUACCUAGCGUAGCGCAGUCAUCACGGCACCCGAAGGCCGAGCUGCAACCUGAACCGAAGAAGAACGGCUCCCAGGACAUUUUCGACGUAGACAACAGUUUGGCGAAGAAGUACGGGAAGAUGGGCAAGAUUUUGGGGUCUGGAGCCGGUGGGUCCGUCCGUCUCUUGACCCGUGAGAGUGACCACAAGACAUUCGCCGUUAAGGAGUUCCGCGCACGCCGCCCUACCGAGGCGUUGAAAGACUACGCUAAGAAGUGCACGGCUGAAUUCUGUAUUGGCUCUACGUUGCACCACCCGAACAUUGUCCAGACGCUUGACAUUAUCUGCGAGAACGACCGCUACUUUGAAGUGAUGGAGUACUGUCCUAUCGACUUCUUUGCAGUGGUGAUGAGCGGCAAGAUGAGCCGCGCCGAGAUCAACUGCUGCAUGAAGCAGAUCUUGGAGGGUUUGAACUACCUACACGGUAUGGGCUUGGCCCACCGCGACAUGAAGUUGGACAAUUGUGUUAUCACACGUGAGGGGAUCCUCAAGUUGAUUGACUUUGGCUCUGCCGUUGUCUUCCGUUAUCCCUUUGAAGAUCAGUUGGUCAAGGCGAAGGGGGUGGUGGGCUCUGACCCCUACUUGGCCCCAGAGAUUUUGAAGUCCGAGCUGGAUCGUGGCGCCUAUGACCCUCAGCCCGUGGAUAUCUGGUCCGUGGCCAUCAUCUAUUGCUGCAUGACCCUCAGGAGGUUCCCCUGGAAGGCACCGAAACAGUCCGACCAGUCGUUCAAAUUGUUUGCCAUGGAAGAUGAUCAACCACAUCACUAUAUCAAGUCCAACGAGCAGCAUCGCUUGUUGUUGCAGCAACGCAAGUUGAAAUCUGCCAUCGAUAAAGGGACCGCGGAUGAAGCGCUGUGUCUGGUGCUCGGCGAGAUUGAGAAGAAGUUGAAGGAGAUGGAGAUCGAGAAGAAGGAGUUUCGCGAGGCGUACCACGCUCUAAGGGCCAGUCCCGAAGAAGACCACAAACUGGAUACCGAGCCCAAUGGCAAGAGCCGUUCCAAGACGGUUCGGGGGCCUUACAGACUCAUGCGCUUGUUGCCCCACGCCUCCAGACAGAUUGUGUCACGCAUGUUGCUCUUGGAUCCUGUGAAGCGAGCCACGCUUUCAGAGAUCUUGGCGGAUGACUGGAUUAAGAGCAUUACUCCGUGCACGAUGAACCGU